ACGUGCACCUACGUCUCAAGAGCGUAACUGCGCCAUCAUUGAGGGCCUAGGAAUCAGCGAGUGUCGGCGGAACAAGUUGUUCUUCGGCUCUCCUUACGGGCCAGUGUCGUUUGUUUUUCUGAAAAACCCCACUUCGAACGGCAGCAACACUGGUUUAGAUGUAUUUGUAAGCUGCGUGCAGGUGCACACUGUCUCCGAGGACCAGCGGUGAAGUUUGUUGUCAUGGCGUCUCCUCAAGGAGGAGGAGCUUUGUCCACAAGAGGAGGCAGCGGAGCCCGAAGGAUGAAGUGGGCCCUUGAGCUCAGUGUGGGAAACACAAGGAGCCGCGGUGACCGACAAGGCGGUCAGGGCGAUGUCGUUUACCCCAUCGGCUACUCAGAGAAGCCCGUUCCCGACACCAGCAUCCAGGAGACCGACAAGAACCUGGUGGAGAAGCGCUGCUGGGACGUGGCCCUCGGGCCCCUGAAGCAGAUUCCCAUGAACCUGUUCAUCAUGUACAUGUCUGGCAACACCAUCUCCAUCUUCCCCAUCAUGAUGGUCUGCAUGAUGGCCUGGAGGCCCAUACAGGCUCUCAUGUCGAUGUCAGCAACCUUCAAGCUGUUGGAGAGCUCCAGUCAGCAGUGGCUACAGGGGCUCGUCUACCUGAUCGGUAACCUUCUAGGAGCGGCGUUGGCCAUUUAUAAGUGUCAGUCAAUGGGGUUGCUUCCGACACACUCGUCCGAUUGGCUGGCUUUCAUCGAGCCGCCGCAGAGGAUGGAGAUCAUGGGCGGAGGGAUGGUGUUGUGAAGCGGACUUCCGCUGACCUCACAUACUGUACAUACUCCACUCUUCUUCUUCUUCUUCUUCUUGCCGCACCACCAGGCAGCCCAUCGCAGGCGAAACAAAAGCCUGACUUUUAGCCAUUUCCAGACGCCAUCAGGAUCCAGACUCAGCCACCUCAGCAAAAACAGACAUGUUUACUACAGCACAGCUUAACAUCAGGGAUUUAUCCGCCAUGUUCUCCAUCAUCCUCUCUCUCUUCUGGGUUUGUUGCUGAAGCGUUACUUUGGUCUUCCUCUCUGGCGAUAAGCAAGCAUCCUUUUUUUUUUUUUUUUUUUUUUUUUUUUUUAAAUA